CUUUGUGGCAAUCACGUAGUCUAACUGUCAAGUUGACGUUUCUGCUUAAGUGAAAUAUCUCCGAGUAUCGCUACUUUUCAUAAUAUAAAUUUUGGAUUUCUAUUUUCUUAAUAAAUACGGUAAUUUAAUGUAUUAAGGUUUAUCUUCAAGUAAUGGUACGAAAAACUAACAUUAACUCUAUACUGUAUCAGACAGUUUUAGCUUGAAGGGAAAAAGAAGAAUGUAUGUGGAUCUAAGAUAAUGCUAGAAUAUCAAAUAAUAGUGCUAAAAUACACAAUCUUUACAUUAAUCAGACAAACUCUCUUUUAGAGAUAUUGUAAAUUAUAUUAUUAUUAGUGACAAAUUUGUGUUGAAGACUGCACAUUGCCUGAUCAAUUAUGCCAAUCUGAGAUUCAACUUUUAGCUAUAACUGAAGAAGUAAAUCAAAUCUAAGCCAUUAGAAAUGGCUCAAGCGACCGUAGUACUGAGUUUCCAUGAAACUCUUCUCCAUCAGUCAGAUGUCGAUCUUCUGGACGGGCCAUAUUGGCUCAAUGACACAAUAAUAUCAUUUUACUUUGAAUAUCUAGAACGAGUAUUAUUCACUAACAAUGAUGAGUUACUAUUUGUAUCUCCGGAAGUGACACAAUGUAUAAAAAUGGUUGGAACGGAUGAAAUCAAUACUUUUUUGGAACCACUUGGUAUAAGUAGGAAGAAGUUUGUUUUCUUUGCACUAAAUGACAACAAUUUGCCGGACAUGGCAGGAGGCUCACAUUGGAGCCUCCUAGUGUACUCGAAGCCAGAGAGCUGUUUUUACCAUUUGGACUCAUCAUCGGGGAGCAAUCACAAUGUGGCAUGGGAGUUUGCCAGUCAUUUAAUAUCAUACUUUUCACCUACAGGUUCAAUAAACUUUGUAGACAAGGAAUGCCUCCAGCAAAGCAAUGGCUAUGACUGUGGAAUUCAUGUGAUUUGUAACACAGAGAGGUUGGCUGAAUGCGCCCACAGAAAUGGCCAUAUUGGCAUGUGUAACAUGACAGUCAAGAUCUACCCUGGCUCAAAGAGAAAAGAGAUACUUGAAAUUAUUAGAAACCUGUCCAGUUCUCAUUGACUGUAAAUCUCACUUAAAAAGUAGUUUGCAAUAUAUCACUUACCUUAGUAAUUUUGAAAUAAUAACAAGCUUUCCCUUCUCACUUAUAAAAAUAUAUUUUCUUUUAUGAGGCAUUUAGAAACGAAAAUAUGAUACCAAUUCGAAAUUAAUAUAUUUCUAAAUAGCGCGUUAUGGACCUAAGGGUACUGUUGUCGUUACAAUCCUCGCGCGAGGUAGGAAUCAAAACAAACUGCCCUACCCCUCCCCUCUGUCUUCCACCCAUCUGCAAUUAUGCAUGUGAUUCCUACAUAAUUAAAUUGGUAGCAUAUUUUAUCUAAUAAACGCUGAAUAGUCUCAAA